UUGAAAGGACUGAGCUUUAAACUAAACUACUUGUACGCGCCGGGCUGAAUUGAAGCCACAACAACACACAUUGUAAACGGGAAUACUUGUCAAUCGCCCGCCCUGCUUUCUCCAAUUCCCACCUUGGAAGUGGAGUUUAUAGCGCUAAAAUUACAUGCAAACCUUAUGGAUCACACAAGUCAUUCACUCGUUCCACACAGUGUAUAUGCUCAACAUUUUGGGGAAUGGAAGAUUAAGCAUUUGAAAGCAUUGAGAGGGCAAAGGGGCAGUGAGCAAACUAGAAAACAAGAGUACGUGCGCUCAUCUUGCCGAUGUUGAAUCGAUUGAAUCGUCAUUAUUAAAAAGGUCCAUGCUUUACAUCCUUUUCUUCUCACUUCCAUCAUCUGUUUAAUCAAAACACUUUUAUCAUAAUGUCUAACCAACAAGAUUUAUCCACACAAGCUAACAAAGCUGCUACCGAUGCUCAAAAGAUCGCAUCAAACGCUGCUGAUGAAGCUCAAAAGCAAGGUCAAUCCCUUUAUCAAGAAGGUGCAAAAUUGCUAAGUGACACUUACAAUUACGCAACCCAAACCGGUCAACAAUACUUGGGAGGAGCAAAGAACAAAGCAGGAGAAGCACAAGAUGCAGCAGAUCAAGCAUCAAAAGAUGCAUCUCAAAUCGCAAACAGUGCAGCAAAAGAAGGUCAACAACAAGCCGAACAAGCUCAACAAAGUUUAGCAGGUUUGACCGAACAAGCACGUCAGUUUGUCGGACAUGCUCUUAACAGUGCAAACGAAUACAUUAAACCACAAGAAACAGCCGAACAAGCUCAAUCCGGUUUGAACAACGCUCGUCAAACUGCUUCUCAAUACGUCGAUCAAGCCGCUCAAAUUAUUGGCGGUGCUCAAAAUGAUGCCUCUGCCGCUGCUACUGAUGCACAAAAGAAAGCUGGCGAAUUGGCUGGAAAUGCACAAAAGACUGCAAGUGAUUUGAGCGCUCAAGCUCAAGGUGCUGUCAAAGGUGCCACCAAGCAAUAAAUGAAUCGUGAAUUUCUCUUUCGCUCAUUUUGGAUUUCUAGCCCAUCUUGACUUUAUCACAAGUCAACUUGAAUGUAUCCAGUUUAUAAGCAUACCCGAAGAAUGAAUUGGA